AUGGCCAGUAAAGCGGGCGCGUUGUCCAAAGAGGACACGAAACAAGAGCACCCCUUGCAGGCGAUCGUGUUGUGCGCUGGAUGGGGCGAGGAGCAGCGCUGGGGGCCGCUCGUGCGACGCCAGCGAACCGAUCAGGAGGAGUACGACGAUCUCCAGGUCGGGGGUGAACAGAGACCGUGGGUCAGUCGGAGCUCCAAGAUUCUGCCCAGUCCUCGGAGACGACUGCUGUGCUCUGGUCUGACGCCCGAACUCGGACUUGAACUCGAUGCGCAGUGCUUGCUCCCGCUGCUCGGCUCACCCCUCCUCGCCUGGACGCUCGAGUGCCUGACCGCGAACGGGGUAGAGCAGAUCUUUGUCUUUGUACGAGAUGGCGUCGAUCAAGUCAAGGCAUGGCUAGCGUGCGUUUCAUCGGCUUCGUGGCCACAGCGCGAUGGGCUGCUCGUCUCUGACCCCUGCUGAGCCGUCCAUGUUCCCCCUUGCAGUCAAUCCACCUUCCAAAAAUCGCGAGCCCCAUUCAGCGUCGUCGUACGGCCGACCAAAGCCGCCACACCCGGCGACGUCCUCCGCGAAGUCGACUCGUUGCAGAUCCUCGCCCCCGCCCCCGCCGAUUUCCUCGUCGUGCAAGCCGGUUACGUCGGCAACCUCAACCUCAAGGCCAAAGUCACAGAAUUCGCGGCGAGGAGAAAGGCCGAUCCGAAUAUGUGCAUGAGCUGCGUCGUUGCACCGGUCGAGACGAGGUCCGUGGACCAUGCGACGACGAUCUCAUCGUCAGCUCGAAGAAGGCUGAUCCCCGGUCACGUCCGUCCCUCUGACAGAACUACACCGACCUUGGCCAUCCUCGCCAUCUCGGGAACUCAUCAACUGAUGCACUAUGAACAAUCGCCGCUAUUCCCCGCUCUGAGAAAGGCCAAACUGCCGAGGGAAGCGCUCGACGGAGGCAAAGAUCUGCAAGUCCGAGCCGACUUGGAAAGUGUCGGCGUCGCGAUUUGUUCGGUAGAGGUGAGCUCCAACGCACUCGGACUUCAAACAUCCCUCGCCUGAUUGUCGUCGAACGUUGUACCCCAGGUCCCACCCCUUUUUACGGAGAACUUUGAUUACCAAACAUUUUACCCCGAUUUCGUCAAUGGUAUCCUCACCUCCGAUCUGCUGGGCAAGACGAUCGGCGCGACAGUCGUAGGCGAAGAUCCGAUAGUUCCCUUUGAUGCUCGGGCGACGAGCGAGACCUCCACUGCAGCAGCAUCGACCUCGGGUAGGACCCCCGCACCAUGGGCUGCCGUGGUAAGUAACACAAAGUCGUAUGAUGCCAUCAGGUGAGCUCGCCACCAAGCGAUUUUCGAGUUCGUUUCGUCACAAACUGAUGACCUGCUUUUCGUACACCAGUCGAGCCAUUCUAUCCCGGAGAGCUUACCCCUUGGCUCCCGACGAGUCCUUGCCCGAAGCUCGACCUCGCUUCGAGCAACGCCGAGCCCGAGUCUACUACGGUUCCGACGUCGACCUCUCCCGAACAUGCCGCAUCACAUCGACAUCCCUCAUCGGCUCCCGUGUCGCGAUCGGGAACGCUUCUCUCGUUCGGAGUUCGGUUCUGGACGAACAUGUCCAUCUCGGCUCGAAUGCAAGUGUGGUUAAUUCGUACGUGUUCGAGGGAGCCAAUAUUGGUGAUCGAUGCGUCGUGCAGAACAGUAUCAUUGGCGAAGACGCUCUUCUUGGUGAAGGGUCUGUCAUCGAAGGAGGUUGCAUGAUCGCUGCGGGUGUCACGAUUGGGGAAGGCUCAAUGUUGAGGGCGUGCCGCGUGUCGCUGGAGGAGCCGGAAGAGGAGAUCAAUGUCGGAGAGAACCAUCGUCAGUCCAGCUCCGAUCGUUACCCAACACUGCUCGAAACAUGCUGACGUUUCCGGUGUUUUCCCUUUCAGUUGCACCUGGAUCGACGGGUUACCUAUGGCCGACCGAAGAUGCCCAACUCGCAGCGGACAACCUCACCGACGACGAAGGCGAAGCCACCGAUUCUCGCAACCUGUCCCUCACUCGCCUCGGUCGAUCCUUAUCCCACCUCUCUCUUCACUCUACUCUUUCCUCCCUCUCCUCCCUCUCUCGAGCGUCCUCCGCAACUUCCCUCUCCGAACUUGACGAACCGACCGUCGAGAUUCAAGGGUUGUCCUCUCUCGCCGGAGCCACGACGACGACCGACUUCCUCUCCGAAUGUCACUCUUCGCUCGAACGUUCCUUCGCCGAGAACCAUACGGUCGAGAACGCCGCUAUCGAAUUGAAGACCUUGCGAAUGGCUUCCAACGUCCCUUUAACGAAAGUGAGACAAGUCGUCAUCCCCUUCGUGUUGAAAAAUUGUCUCGUCGAAGCCGACAAGACUUUGAUCGUACUCGAAAGGUGGGGAGGGUUGAUCGCGAACCUAACGGCCGAACAAGAAGAAGGGAUGAAGGAUUCGUUAUUGAUCGCGCAGAGAUGGGUGGCCGAACAAGUUGAGGAUGAGAAGGAUGGGAUGAGGAUGUGGUUGAGGGUCUUGAAGGCGUUUUAUGAGACCGAUGUCGUCGAUGACGAGAGUGUUUUCGCGUGGUAUAAGAGUUCGGAGGCGAGGAGUGUCGGAGGCGAAAUGGGGAGGAAGUUGUGGGCAGGGGCGAAACCUUUCUUGGAGGCGAUUGCGCAGGACAGUGAUGAGGACAGUGAUGAGGACAGUGAUGAGGAUGAUGAGUAG